AUGCUAUCCGAAGAAUACACCUCACUGUACGCCAUGGCAAGACACGAGCCCGACCUCGAGCAGAACAGGGCCCGCAUGGCCGCUGGGGAGCUGUAUUAUGCUUUUACACCUGACCUCAUUGCCGACCGACAACGUUGCUCCGCCGCUUGCGAAAAGUUCAACCUCCGAGAUGUUCGCCCCCUCCCGGCCCCAGCCACGAGCGCGGAGGAAGAGGAGAAGAACCUGGCGGAUGAGCCCUGGGUCGAUGGGCCUGUGAGGAUGGAUUAUGGUUACAACGUCAAGUUGGGCAAGAACGUCUACAUCAACUUCAACAGUGUGUGGAUUGACACGUGCACAAUCGAGGUCGGUGACCGUACGCUCAUCGGUCCCAACUGUUCCUUCUACAGCGCUGCACACCCCCUGGAUCCCGUCCUGCGGAACGGCACUAGGGGCCCCGAGUAUGGGAAGCCUAUCAAGAUUGGCUCCGACUGUUGGUUUGGUGGCAACUGUAUCGUCCUCCCCGGCGUGACCAUCGGUAGAGGCGUCACUGUCGGGGCGGGCAGCGUCGUCACAAAAGACGUUCCGGACUUCGUCGCCGUUGCCGGUAACCCGGCCCGUGUCAUCAGGGAAGUCCCACACACUGGCGAGGAAAGAAUCUCUUGA